GAGGCGGCGAGGCCUCUGCGGUGUCGCGAUCCCGUCGUCGCCCGGUCCCGUCCCCGUCAAGCGGAAUCUAGGACGCCCCUCGCCGGGGAGGGAGCCAAACGGACGAGCCAACGCGCGUUCCCGGGUGCGGCCGCCCGCCGAACCCCAACCCCCGCGGAAUAAAACCCGGCCGAGAGGCCGUGCCGCCAGAUCCGCACGGGAGUUUCUAGGGUUUUUCCCUCCCUCCACUCCCACCCAACCCCAGCCCCAUUCCUCGCUCGCUGUUCAGCAGUCCGCCCCCCGAACCGGAACAGCCACCCCACACCGCCCGCGCCCAUUCCCCCGCCCGUCCCUCCGCCCCACUCCCACCCCACCGCCGCGAUGCGGCCGCCGGCGGCGGCCCUCGCCGUCCUCGCGCUUCUCGCGGCGUGGGGCGCGGCGACGGCCGACCUCGCGUCCGACGCGCGGGCGCUCGUCGCCUUCCGGGCGGCGGUGGGCCAGCGCGUGGCCUGGAACGUGGCCGACCCCACCACCGUCUGCGCCUGGACGGGGGUCACCUGCGAGGGCGGCCGCGUGGCGGCGCUGCGCCUGCCGGGGGCCGCGCUGGCGGGGGCCGUCCCGGCGGGCUCGCUCGGGAACCUCACCGCGCUGCACACGCUCAGCCUCCGCCUCAACGCGCUCCGCGGGGCCCUCCCCGCCGACCUCGCCGCCAUGGCCGCGCUCCGCAGCGUCUUCCUCAACGGGAACCGCCUCUCCGGCGACUUCCCGCCGGCGUUCCUCGCGCUCCCCGCCCUCGUCCACCUCUCGCUCGGCGGGAACGGCCUCUCCGGCGCCAUCCCGCCGGCGCUCGCCAACCUCACGCGGCUCAAGACCCUGCUCCUCGAGGAGAACCGCUUCGUCGGCCAGAUUCCCGACCUCCCGCUGCCGCAGCUGCGCGACUUCAACGUCUCCUUCAACCGGCUCAACGGAUCCAUCCCCGCCUCGCUCCGCUCCAGGCCGCGCGCGGCGUUCCUCGGGAUGUCGUCCCUCUGCGGCGGCCCCCUGGGCCCUUGCCCUGGCGAGGCCCCUCCUCCUUCUCCGGCUCCGGCGGGGAAGACGCCCUCGCCGACAACACCGGGGACGAACAUCCCCAACAGCGGAAACGACGAACGAAAUGACAAGAAGGGCAACAGGCUCUCCGGCGGCGCCAUUGCCGGAAUCGCCAUAGCCUCCGUCGUCGGCGCCGCGCUUCUCCUGUUCCUUCUCAUCUGCCUAUGCCGCAGGUCGGGGCGCACCAAGACACGGGCCCUCGAGAUGCCGCCUCCGUCUCCAUCCCCCGCCGUCAUCCCCGGCGGCCGAAAACCCCCAGAGUUGCCCAGCGGCGCGGCCGUGGCGCCUAUGGCUACCGUGGGCCACCCCAGUGGUCAACAAUCGACUUCAGGGAAGAAGCUGGUCUUCUUCGGGUCAGCGGCCGCCGUUCAACCGUUCGACUUGGAGGACCUGCUGCGCGCGUCGGCCGAGGUCCUUGGCAAGGGUGCCAUUGGGACGACCUACAAGGCGGUGCUUGAAUCCAGCGCUACCGUGGCGGUGAAGCGGCUCAAGGAUGUCACCAUGUCCGAGCCGGAGUUCCGUGACCGCAUUGCGGACAUUGGCGAGCUUCAGCACGAGUUCAUCGUGCCUCUCCGUGCUUACUACUACAGCAAAGAUGAGAAGCUGCUUGUGUACGACUUCAUGCCCAUGGGGAGCCUUUCUGCAGUCUUGCACGGGAGCAGAGGUUCUGGUCGUACCCCACUUGACUUGACGAUAAGAUCAAGCAUUGCCCUGGCUGCAGCCCGUGGGAUCGAGUACAUCCACUCUACAAGCUCUUCGACUUCGCACGGCAAUAUCAAGUCAUCCAAUAUCCUCCUGUCGAAGACGUAUCAAGCACGUGUUUCAGACAAUGGCCUUGCCACCCUUGUUGGUUCAUCAUCAUCUGGACCUUCUCGCGCCACUGGAUACCGUGCUCCAGAGGUUACUGAUCCCCGGAGGGUGUCCCAGAAGGCUGAUGUGUUCAGCUUUGGUGUUCUCUUGCUGGAGCUGCUCACUGGCAAGGCCCCCAGCCAGGCUGCUCUUAACGACGAGGGCGUCGACCUGCCCAGGUGGGUGCAGUCCGUCGUGCGCUCUGAGUGGACUGCGGAGGUGUUUGACAUGGAGCUCCUGAGGAACCAGAGCUCCGAAGAACAGAUGAUUCAGCUUCUACAGCUCGCUAUAGACUGCGUUGCCCAGGUCCCAGACGCCCGUCCGACGAUGUCCCAUGUCGUCGUGCGGAUCGAGGAGAUCAAGAUGUCAGGUGGAAGCGCCGAAGAAACUGAUCAACAACAGCAGAGCGCCCUGAAUCAGGGCGAUGAGAUGGUCGAGGGCCCCUCCUCGCCGUGAUCUCUAAUGGCCUGAGAGAAAGGAGCCGGCUGCCUGUCGCUGUAGCCCACAUUCAUUCCGUUCAUAGACUUGACGAAUGCUAUCUUCUUCUUCGACGGCGGAGCCGGCUGUUUUUUCAUCUCUUCCUUUUAGCGAAUAUCGGAUUCGUUGUCGUCGUCGUCUGUCUUGGUGUUGUUGACUGACUGUGUCUGUUGUGUGGUGGGUGAUUGCGUGGUGGUGUUUAGGGAUGGAAUGCAUGCCCGACUGUGCGAUUGCUUAAUUUGUCUAGCCAUUGUUCUAGCUGAUUAGGUUGGUUCUUUAGCUAUCCCCAUGUAAUUACUCAGCCUGAUCAAAUUGCCUGGAACUCGUUGGCGAAAACCAUUUGUCGUGAGUUUA